GCAGCAGCAGCGGCUCGGGAGCUGCGGCGAGCGGGGGAGGGAAAGCGGCGGCGGCGGCGGCAGAAUUUUGGAGGCUCGGGCAGCCGAGGGUCUGUGAUCGCAGCGAGGGCCAGGGGCUGAAAGCGUGGCGGGCGGUGGCGCCCCGAGCGGUUGGCUCAGCAUGUCAGUCAGUGUCCACGAGACCCGCAAGUCGCGGAGCAGCACGGGCUCCAUGAAUAUCACGCUCUUCCACAAGGCAUCGCACCCCGACUGUGUGCUGGCUCACCUCAACACGCUGCGCAAGCACCGCAUGUUCACCGAUGUCACGCUCUGGGCUGGUGACCGUGCCUUUCCCUGCCACCGUGCUGUGCUGGCCGCCUCCAGCCGCUACUUCGAGGCCAUGUUCAGCCAUGGCCUACGUGAGAGCCGGGACGACACAGUCAACUUCCAGGACAACCUGCAUCCUGAGGUGCUGGAGCUGCUGCUGGACUUCGCCUACUCGUCACGCAUCGCCAUCAACGAGGAGAACGCCGAGUCACUGCUGGAGGCGGGUGACAUGCUGCAGUUCCAUGAUGUACGGGACGCGGCCGCCGAGUUCCUGGAGAAGAACCUCUUCCCCUCCAACUGCUUGGGCAUGAUGCUGCUGUCGGACGCCCACCAGUGCCGCCGGCUGUACGAGUUCUCCUGGCGCAUGUGUCUGGUGCACUUUGAGACGGUGCGGCAGAGCGAGGACUUCAACAGCCUGUCCAAGGACAUGCUGCUGGACCUCAUCUCCAGCGACGAGCUGGAGACGGAGGACGAGCGGGUGGUCUUCGAGGCCAUCCUCCAGUGGGUGAAGCACGACCUCGAGGGACGAAAGGCCCACUUGCCCGAGCUGCUCCGGAGCGUGCGGCUGGCCCUGCUGCCGUCCGACUGCCUGAAGGAGGCUGUGUCCAGCGAGGCCCUGCUUACGGCGGAUGAGCACACCAGGCUCAUCAUAGACGAGGCGCUCCACUGCAAGACCAAGAUCCUGCAGAACGACGGGGUGGUCACCAGCCCCUGCGCCCGGCCGCGCAAGGCAGGCCACACGCUCCUCAUCCUGGGUGGCCAGACCUUCAUGUGCGACAAGAUCUACCAAGUGGACCACAAGGCCAAGGAGAUCAUCCCGAAGGCCGACCUGCCCAGCCCCAGGAAGGAAUUCAGCGCCUCUGCGAUCGGCUGCAAGGUCUACGUGACGGGGGGCAGGGGCUCCGAGAACGGGGUCUCCAAGGAUGUGUGGGUGUACGACACCGUCCACGAGGAGUGGUCCAAGGCGGCCCCCAUGCUGAUUGCCCGCUUCGGCCACGGCUCAGCCGAGCUGGAGAACUGUCUCUAUGUGGUGGGGGGACACACGUCCUUGGCAGGCGUCUUCCCGGCCUCCCCUUCUGUCUCCCUGAAGCAGGUGGAGAAGUACGACCCCGGGGCUAACAAGUGGACGAUGGUGGCCCCCUUGAGGGAUGGCGUCAGCAACGCGGCAGUGGUGAGCGCCAAGCUGAAGCUCUUCGUUUUCGGAGGGACCAGCAUCCACCGGGACAUGGUGUCCAAAGUCCAGUGCUACGACCCCUCGGAGAACCGGUGGACGAUCAAGGCCGAGUGCCCCCAGCCGUGGCGGUACACAGGCGCCGCCGUGCUGGGCAGCCAGAUCUUCAUCAUGGGAGGUGACACGGAAUUCACUGCCGCCUCUGCCUACCGCUUCGACUGCGAGACCAACCAGUGGACGCGGAUUGGGGACAUGACCGCCAAGCGCAUGUCCUGCCACGCCCUGGCCUCGGGCAACAAGCUCUAUGUGGUGGGGGGCUACUUUGGGACCCAGAGGUGUAAGACCCUGGACUGCUACGACCCCACUGCGGACACAUGGAGCUGCGUCACCACCGUGCCCUACUCACUCAUCCCCACGGCCUUUGUCAGCACCUGGAAGCACCUGCCUGCAUGAGGAGCCCCCGCAGAGCCAGGCUCUGCAUGUUUCUCCCCCCCACGGCUGCAGCCCUCACUCACGGAGGGGCCCUGUCCCUGUGCGCCACAGCCGGAAGCUCAGCCGGCCCCGGGCCAGUGCUCCAAGUGGCUGGCAGCAUUGGUCUUGCAGGACAUCCUGAGCUUAGACAAGAGACGUCGUCUGCAGUGUGGUGGGCCUGCCUGAGGCUUUUCCCACUUUGCAGUGGCUUGGGGGGCGGGGAGGAUCUUCCAUGGGGUGUGUGCCGACGCCAGGACUCCCUCGGACUCCGGGAGGAGGACACGUGUGCAGAGCUUUGAGGUCACCGGUUUCAGCAAGUC